AUGAGGGGUGCUGUAGCUCUGCUGGUGUUGCUGUUCUGUCUGUCUGGGGCAUGGACUCAGGAGGAGAGUGAAGGGGUCAGAGAGAAUGAUGUCACUCAACAGGGUCACAGUGCAGGGAGAGAGAGCAGGAUGAGAGAGGUUCAAAUAGAGAGUCGAGGAACCGAAGCUAAAGCGAUGACCAACGAAUGUAUGACCACGCAACCUGACAUCUGGUAUGAGAUGCAGAAGCUGAGAGACAUCGUGAUGGAGCAGAGAGAGAAGCUGAGAACCAUGGAGGCCAGAGUGACAGCCUGUGAGGGUGAGGUAGAGAAACAGAAAAACACAGUGAUGGACCUAAGAAUCGAGCUGAUUGUCACCAAGACCAAAGUGGUGGAACUGGAGAAAGAGACUGCAGCCCUGGAGACCAGACUGACAGUCAGUGAGAGUGAGCUGACCAACAUUAAGAAUGAAGUUCAGGAACUGAAGAGACAGAAUACAGACAGACCAAAAGUGGCUUUCUCUGCUGCUGGUUUGAAAGGUAAUGGAAACAUAGGUCCUUUCAAUACUGACACCAACCUGGUCUACACCAGAGUCAUCACCAACAUCGGCAAGGCCUACAGCCCAAUUACAGGUGCCUUCACAGCACCAGUCAGAGGAGUCUACUACUUCAGAUUCACUGCUGGUCAACAUGGACGUAGUUCAGAUUACAUGGGUAUAUCCAUGUUAAAGAAUGGGCAGGCGGUCAUGUCUAAUUUUCAUUACAAUAGCCAUGGAUACUGGGUACCUUUAUCUAAUGGAGUCAGCCUAGAGCUGGAGGAGGGAGAUGUGGUGUACAUGCGUCUCCCUGCAAACUACAGGCUCCAUGAUAACACAAGUAAUCCCAACAUCUUCAGUGGCUUCCUGCUUUUCACUGUGUGA